AAUUCUCUUCUUUUCCAGAAUAAUAUGCCAGGCAGACGGGAUUCAAGUGGUUCAACAGACAGGAGACGAAGAUCACGAUCCAGAAAACGAUCUCGAUCUAGAAGCUCGGGCAGAAAACGUCGAGGAUCACCGACUCGAAACAAAAAGUCGUCCCGGCGACGGAGUUCAAGUGAGGAUUCAGAUAAAAACAGUCGUCGACGGCGGAGUAGCAGCAGUGACGGAAGCUCUUCAAGACGUCAAAGACGUAAAUCUUCUUCUCGACCAAGAAGACGACGAUCAUCUUCUCCUAGUCCUAGACGUAAUCGUUCUCGAAGUAGAGACAAAAGACGAAGAUCAGGAAGCAGGAUCAAAAACAAUUUAAACUCUAGGAGUAGGAGUAAAGGACGCAAACCUAGAAAAUAUUCCAGUUCUCCUAGUAGUCUCAGCAGAAGUAGAUCAAGAAGCCGAGAUAAAUCCAGAAGCAAUGUUGUAAAUAAAAAUUCCAAAAAUACUGGAGAUGAUCGAUCAAAUUAUGGAGUUCCUCCACACCCACAUGGAGUUGUUCCUCCUCCAACUUUCGGAGGAGUUCCACCACCCUUAGGAGUAGUUCCUCCGCCAUUUGGAGGAGUUCCCCCACCUUUAGGAGCAGUGCCAUCUCCUUACGGAGGGGUUAAACCACCACCACUUGGAGUAACUCCACCCCCGCUAGGAGUAGUUCCACCUCCCCGGGGUUUACCUCCACAUCAAUCUUCAGGUUCAAGAUUGCCUCCUCCCCCACCUCUAGGUGUUGCCCCGUCAUGGCAGUCUGUAACACCAACAAAUGCUCAGAAGACUAAAAUUAAACCUGCUCCAACCCCAACAAAUGCUUCAGUGAAACUAAGCUUGGGCAAGAGCUCUAGUGGCGGAGGUACUGGAGGCGGCGGAGCAAGAAUCGGAGGCAGUGGAGGCAGUGUAGUAAAAAAACCUAGACUGGCGCAGGUUUUCAACGCCGACGAUAGCAGCGACGAAGAAGAGAUUCCCCCUGAAGCAAGAAUGAAAAUGAGAAACGUAGGUCGGGAGACCGUCACCUCCAGCGGACCAAACAGCUUUGGGAAGACCCGGCAGGGAUUUACCGACACAAACAAAUUAUUCGAAAGGCAAUUGCAAGAGGCCAUGGAUGCGGUGUCCAACGACAACAAGGACAGGCUCAGGGUGAGCAAGUAAAUCCAAUCAUAUGCCCAUUUAACAAAUUUUCAAAUAUAUUUAAUCUUUCUUUGAUCGUGUUCAACAUAUUGGUUUUCAGA